UGACUGGACCGCGUUCGUGUCCCCACAGCGGUUGCCGAUACGACAACCACGACGGCACGACGACGGUAAAAAAAGUGCGUAACGUUUUCGGCGAAGUCGAAAAUAGAAAGAAAAAUCGAAACCUGACCAAUCAGCGGUGGCAGCGGAGGUGGCCCGCUUCUCGGACUUCGAUCUUGCAAAGAGAACUGUUGUAGCUUCAGGACAGUAUACGCGAUAUACAUUAUACUGAAUGCUAUAGCUGCUAACAGCUAAAACUUUAUACCCAACCGAAGCAGAUACCAUGGACUUCGAAACACCGUACCGAAACUCCGCCGCCGCGUAUGUGUGUGACGUUCGUUUCGUAUGGCUAAUGUUAAUAGCGGUGGUCGCGGAGUGCACUGGCUCGGAACGCACUGCACUGCAACUAUCCAAUUAUUCUAGUGGAUAUUACCCGCAACGUUUCAUUCUGAUCGACCCUUGGGUAUCACCGUCGUUGAAAAAUACAAAUUUAGCUGUUUACAAAAAAAAUAAUGGUAAAUCAGAAGAAUCGAUAGGAGGUAUAAAAAAAGUUGAUGCAGAAAAACACAAAAAAGGUAAACUUAUGAAUGAAAAAAAAUCAACAAAAUACAAAGAAGAUAAGGGAAAUGAUGACAAAUAUAAUGACAAAGGAGGCAAUGCUGGAGAAAUACAUACACAUAAAGGUAAAAAGAAAGGAGCAUCAUACAAAAAAGGCGACAAAAAAAAAAAAUUUAAAACUAAAAAAGGCUUUCGAGAUAAGUAUCACAAAAAUGAAAAACACAAAGUUAACGAAUACUGGGAUAAUUAUGAAACAUAUGGUACAUUUAAGAAGUUUGGGAAAAAGGGAGACAAAAAGUUAUUAGGCGAUAAGAAAAACAAGAAAAAUAAAACCAAAAAAGGAGGCCAAUCAAACAAAGAAAUCCAUAAUAAAGGUGAAACAAAACAUAAGUCUGGAAAAAAAGGAGAAAUGGGGCAUAAAGAGGAAAAACAAAGUGACACUCAUUAUAAUCAUAAGUCUAAAUAUCACAAAGGAAAAAAAUCUAAAAAACACCAUGAGAAAAAAACGUAAAACAUGUUUACAUUUUAAUG